AUGGUCGUGUUUGUCGGUGUGUAUACUUUUGGGUUUCUAGCCGCAGCAGUUUGCGUUUCUCUUUUGAGCUAUGUCACCCACCAGCUACUGAAAAACUAUCUGCACAAUUGGAAGGAGUUAAAACCGGUCCCGGGCAUUGGAUAUAUUUAUCCUUUUAUUGGGAACGCGUUGCAGUUUAAAUCAAAUGCAGGAGAGUUCUUUUGUCAGUUGGUUGGCUACACGAAUGAAUUUCGGAAUUCUCCUCUACUUAAAAUAUGGAUUGGACCUGUGCCGUUCCUCAUCCUUUACCAUGCUGAAACUAUUGAGACAAUUCUGAAUAACCCUGUUCACUUGGAUAAAGCCUAUGCAUACAAAUUUCUGCACCCUUGGCUAGGAACUGGACUACUUACGAGUACAGGAAAUAAGUGGAGACACAGACGUAAGAUGUUGACUCCAACAUUCCAUUUCUCUAUAUUGACCGAGUUCCUGGAGGUGAUGAAUGAACAAGCUGAAGUGCUUGUAGAGAAACUAGAGAAGCAGGCUGGGAAAGGCCCAUUCAACUGCUUUAACCACAUCACUCUUUGCGCCCUCGACAUCAUCUGUGAGACCGCGAUGGGAAAGAGAAUCUAUGCACAGAGCAACUAUGAUUCUGAUUAUGUGCGCUGUGUGUACAGAAUGAGUGACAUCAUCACCAGACGCCAGAGGAUGCCUUGGUACUGGCCUGACUUUGUAUAUAACUACUUCGGUGAAGGGAGGGAACACAACCGUAGUCUUAAGAUCCUCCAUUCUUUCACAGACAGCGUGAUUCAUGAGAGGUCAGACUACCUCAGCUACAUUGAGUCUGACAGCGAAUCAGAUCAGGGCAUGAAGAAAAGGAGAGCUUUCUUGGACAUGCUGUUGAAAACGACAGAUGAGAAGGGGAAAAAGCUGACUCACAAAGACAUACAGGAGGAGGUGGACACGUUCAUGUUUGAGGGUCAUGACACUACAGCAGCUGCCAUGAACUGGGCCAUACACCUGUUAGGUUCCCAUCCUGAGGUUCAAAGAAAGGCACAACAAGAACUCUUUGAGGUGUUUGGUGAGUCUGAGAGGCCUGUUAAUACAGAGGAUCUGAAGAAACUACGAUACCUGGAGUGUGUGAUAAAGGAGUCUCUGCGUCUCUUUCCGUCUGUGCCGUUUUUUGCUCGAACCAUCUGCGAAGACACAGUGAUCAAAGGCUACAGAGUCCCCAAAGGAGCAAAUGCCUUAAUCAUAACCUACUCCCUCCACCGUGACCCUCGCUUCUUCCCUGACCCUGAAGAAUUCCGACCCGAGCGCUUCCUGCCAGAGAAUUCUAUUGGUCGACAUCCUUAUGCCUUCAUUCCUUUCUCUGCUGGGCUUCGCAACUGCAUUGGCCAGAGGUUUGCUAUAAUGGAGGAGAAAGUUAUUCUGGCCUCCAUUCUGCGGUACUUUAACAUUGUGGCGUGUCAGAAGAGGGAGGAUCUUCGGCCACAGGGUGAACUGGUCCUGAGACCGGAGCAAGGCAUCUGGAUCACACUGGAACGCAGAAAACACUAA